AUGGGUCGUCCAAAGAAAGAAGUUAGUGAAGAGAAAUUUGAACGAUUUCAAAAAGAACUGGAAAUGGCAGGUGAUAAUGUAGACAUAUUAUUGAAGGAUAAAAGAGGAAGAUCCACUGCGUGUCUUCUAUGCCGACGAAGGAAACAAAAAUGUGACCAUAUGCUCCCCAGUUGUACAGCAUGCUUGAAAGCAGGAGUCAAAUGUGUCCAACCUUCUAGAUACGGUGCUGUUCAAGACAGCGAUAAUAAUGAUGAUGUCGGUCCAAGGAACCAAGAUAUUGAAGUGCAUGGUGCUUUCCUCAAUUCAAAAGAAGAAAUGGUACAACCCAAUAGAAACAUUCCAUUGCCAGAACAAGCUACUUUUAACAAUAAAUGGAUGAAUGAUCAAGGAAUAGCAGUACCAACCAUACACUACCCAUCAAAUUCCCAAUCUAUGGUAGACACAAGGAUACCUGUUAUACCGAAAACCUCAUUCCCUAGAACAAUAUCAGAGCCAACAAUACCUGAAGAGAAAAAUCCAACUAACUUAGUAUCACAUGCAUUUGUUAUGAACCCCAAACAAAUACCUACUCCCCUAUCCUCCCUAUCACAUGAUCCAUCUCCACCAGACACUGCUUCUAUCGAAGACACUCCAGCCAUUAAAAAGAGGCAAAAGAAAAUGAAAAAAGUUAAUGAAUCUAACGGGCUUUCUAGUACAAGAAAGCCUAAAGAGAACAAAAAGGAUCGAUACACUUUAUUUCUUGAAAGAAAAUUAAAUCAUCUGGAACAAUUAAUUCAACUACCUGCUGGUGGUGCAGCUUUCCAAAAGAAAUUAUCAAAAUAUAAAAUGGUUGGACAUCUCAUGGGUGAUGUAGGAGACUUAGAUGACUUGGAAAGCAUUCAAAACAUCAAUAAUACUACUAGUAACAAUACUGUCCAGAAUAUACCAAAUAUAUUACCUUUACCAGCUUCUGCUUCGCUCUCAACUUCCAAUAAACAAUUGCCCUUCCAUCAUUUUGGGUCCAUAAUCCCACCUUCUACCGGUGUUGGGAAUGUUAGCAGCUUCGUUAACCAAAAUAGUAACCCUUACCACAACCAAAAUACAAAUAUGAUUCCAGUGUUAUCAUCAGAUUCACUUGAUUCUGUUGAUUAUUCUAACUGUAUCUUCGCCAAAUAUAACUUAAAAGAGUUUUUCAAUUAUGACCCAGCCUUUGAAUUUGAUGAACAAUUAUCAAGAUCAUUCUUAGACACUUUCUUUACGAGAUUGCAAUUCAAAUAUCCCUUAUUGGAUGAAAAAGAAAUUUAUAACUUCCAUAACCAUUAUACCACAAAUGACAUCCAUUCUUAUUCCAAAUUCCAUUUCCAUUUUGCUUCGGGUAGAAUGUGGUUAGUCUUUAGUAUUAGUGCAUGUCUUCAUAUGACUACGGGCAAAUAUAAAGGAUUACCUCCAUUUCGUUAUUUCUCUACCGCAGUAAGACAUAUUGCCAGAUGUGAGAAUAAAUUAAAUGACGUUCAAAAAGUAGAAGUAUUGACUUUAUUGAUUCUUUACAUCGUAAGAACAGAUAGAGAUUCAUUGGUUUUGUACGAAAUCAUUAAGGAUGUUAUGGACAUUUGUCAAAAUAAAUUAUCUUUGAAUACAUGGAAUCCUCAAGAUCCUUUUGCUAAUAAAAGACUUCGAUUAUUUUGGUGUGUUUAUUUACUAGAAAGAAUGAUCUGCGUGGCUGUGGGGAAACCUUAUACCAUAAAGGAAUCCGACAUUAAUUUACCUCUUUUCAACGAAAAUUCAUUCAAUACAAAGGAGAACUCUAAACAACAGGGUGUUCAUUUCAUUAAUCAAUCUUUGAAACUACGCAGAAUAGAAUCAAAAUUUGUAGAAAUCUUGCAAAUUUUACCCAUAGGUGUAAAAUCUGCAGCCACAGUGAGACAAAAACAAUUACCUUUAGUGAAAACCUUUUUCCGUGAUUUGGAAUUAUGGAGAGCUUCGUGUUCAGUGGAUGAUGUUAAAAAUUAUGAAAAUGAAACAUUGAAAUUAUAUUAUUAUAGAUCUGUCCGUUUAUUAAUCCAACCCUAUUUAGAAUUUUUAACCCCAGAUGAUAGAUUAUUUAGAGAAUGUCAAGCAGCAGCUGGACAAAUCUGUCAACUUUACAAGAUUUUCCAUCAAAAGACCGUUUUUGGUCAUUCAACACCAGCGGUUCAUACUGUAUUUGUUGCGGGUGUCACAUUAAUUUAUUGUAUGUGGUUAGCAAGAAAUUUUGAUGAUGAAAGAAGGAAAAAUUUGGGGGAUUAUUCGAAACAUACGAGACCAUUAAUAAGCGCCUCAUUAUUUUCCACCAUGGAUGAUUUAAGAGCUUGUUCUGUUUGUCUUUAUGUAAUGACUGAAAGAUCAAAAUUUGCAAGAGUAUUUAGAGAUACAUUUGACCAAUUGAUGAACGCUACGGUGGGCAAUUUAAUAGAAAGAUGUGGACCCGAUUCUGCCGAAUUAAUCCAUUUAACAUCCGGGAAAUACGACGUGGAAACUUUGGAAGGAAACUCGAAAACCCGAGCAUUGGUCGAAAAUAAUCAAAUACCUGAAAAUAAUAAAGUAGAUUCAUUAGUAAAGACAUCUAACGGUUUACCUCCUGCAAUCGCAAGAGUUUUCGGUAAAAGGCAAGCCGAUGAACAUGUUGGUUUUGUUGAGAAUUCCCAAGUAGAUUUAGAAGAACAAAAGAAAUUCAAAAAGAGGCAAGGUUUACUGGAGAAAACCUCAGUUCCUAAAAGUUUAGCUGAUUUAUUAGUCAAAUCUGAAGGUGAAUCAAACACUAUUGAACAAGAAAAGAUAACAAGUUUGAGAACAGAAACCGUUUCUAAUACUGAAUUUGAUGCUCAAAAUCUUCGUAAUCAAAAUAGCUAUGUUAUCAAAAAGCCGUUAAAUCAAUCUGAAAGUGAUUGGCAGCUUUUUCAAAAACAAGCUGUCAUGCAACAACAAUUAGCUCAACAGAAUUUACAGGCUUACUUAUCUACAUUACAACAUAGUGGUACAAAUACAUCAAUACAAUCACAACAACAGCUAAAUAGCUAUAUAGCACCAUCUGCUUCUGACUAUGCGGUCUUAACUAAUAAUCAGUGUAUCACUAAUGCACAUAGUUCACAACAUACUGAUAGUAGCACAACAGGGAACCAGACAUUACACAACAUAGCCCAAUCUUUUAAUGCAUCUUUUGGUAAAUCUGAUAUACCAAAUGGCUAUUGUAUUUCAAAACCACAACUACACAAAGAAGGUAAAAUUGCCGUUAUGCCGUCAACUUCACGAUCGUUUCCAAUACAACAGAAUACUUCCUCAGUUGGUGAUAUAUUAUUCAGUAAUGGUACUCAUGAAAUGAUUAAUAAUAUCUCCACAUGGACAAAUAAUGCAAUUACAGAUUCGAUGGGCAAAUUAUAUGUACCAGUAUCCUCACAUACAUCUCGUCCGGGCCAGAAUGAUCCACAACGUCAAAACCGAAGCCAGCAAGAAAAUUCAUAUGCAACUCAAAUUUCAACUUCUUAUUACUCUAAUACUAAUAAUAAUGGACAGAAUUUUCCAGCUCGAGAUGGUCAAGGCAAUUCAAUUCCUUAUCAAAGGCCUUCGGAGAAUAAUCUAAAUACGCAUCUGAAAAAUCCUCAGCUAGCGCGCGAACUCAAGAAUGGUAAUUUGACUGAUCUUCCAUCUUCCCAGGUAAAUCAUCAGAAUUUAUCAAAGGUGUCUAAUAAUGAUUGGGAAACUCAUGUUUCUGCGCCAGCUGCCGAAGAAUUCUGGACUGUUAAUGAUGACUACGGAUUUCUAACUUAA